CCGCCGCGGCCGCGGAUGCACGCGCUGGCGAGGCGCCAGCGGCAUCGGCGCGGGUUGCAUCAGACGAGGCGGGUCCGCCGCGGCCCCCGGUGCCGGGCUCCGUCUUCGCCCGGCGCGGCUGAGGCAGGCGGGGGCCCGGCGGCGCUCCGCAAGAUGCUGCGGGCACCCCCCCGGCUGCUGCGGGCGUUCUGCACGACGGCCGCGGCUUAUCAACAUAAGCUAAAGCUAGCCCUUAUAGGUCAAAGUAUUUUUGGACAAGAAGUUUAUAACAAGCUGAGAAAAGAGGGCCAUAAAGUCGUGGGAGUAUUCACAGUGCCUGACAAGAAUGGACAAGCUGAUCCUUUGGCACUGGCAGCGGAGAAGGACGGCACUCCUGUUUUUAAGUUUCCCAGAUGGAGAGCUAAAGGCAAGCCUAUCCAGGAAGUAGUUGCAGCCUACAAAUCAGUUGGAGCAGAGCUAAAUGUCCUUCCGUUCUGUACACAGUUCAUCCCCAUGGAUGUUAUCGACUGCCCAAAACAUGGGUCAAUUAUUUACCAUCCAUCCAUCCUACCACGCCACCGAGGAGCUUCUGCAAUCAACUGGACUUUAAUUCAAGGAGAUAAGAAAGCAGGAUUUACUAUUUUUUGGGCUGAUGAUGGCUUGGACACUGGACCAAUACUUCUGCAGCGAGAAUGUGAUGUUGGCCAAAAUGAUACUGUGGAUGACCUGUAUAACCGGUUUCUCUUCCCAGAAGGAAUAAAGGCUAUGGUAGAAGCUGUACAUCUAAUUGCUGAGGGUAAGGCCCCUCGUAUACCUCAGCCUAAAGAAGGGGCAACGUAUGAAGGGAUCCAGAAAAAGGAGAACGCAGAGAUCUCCUGGGACCAACCUGCAGCAGCUUUGCACAAUUGGAUUCGAGGGCAUGAUAAAGUGCCUGGAGCAUGGGCAACGAUAGGUGGCCAGGUCGUUACUUUUUAUGGGUCUUCAUUACUUGAUGCUUCAGUGCCUGCUGGACAAGAGCUGGCAAUAAAAGGUGCUUCAAGACCUGGACUUGUAACCAAGAAUGGUCUAGUCAUUUUUGGUAAUGAUGGGAAGAUGGUACAAGUGAGAAAUCUGCAGUUUGAGGAUGGAAAAAUGAUCCCUGCAUCUAAAUACUUCUCUGCUGAUGAAACAACUGCCUUGGAACUUACAGAAGAGGAGAAAAAGAUGGCAGAAGAUAUUAGGGCUAUUUGGAAGGGAAUUUUGAGCAAUGUUGGUGUAAUUGAGGAUUCCACAGACUUCUUCAAAUCUGGAGCAUCCUCUAUGCAUGUUGUCAGAAUGCUAGAAGAGAUCAAACAGAAAUAUAGUGGACUUCAAUUGCAGAAUGAAGAUGUGUAUAUGGCCACUAAGUUUGCAGACUUUAUUCAAAUGGCUGUCAGAAAAUUCAGAGGAGAAGACAAAGAAGAAGAGUUAGUAAUUGAUUACGUUUCAAAAAAUGUGAACAACAUGACUGUGAAUAUGCCAUACCAGUGUUUCAUAAAUGGGCAGUUUAUAAAUGCCGAUGAUGGAAAAACAUAUGACACUAUAAAUCCAGCAGAUGGAUCAGUAAUAGCCAGUGUAUCUUCUGCUUCACUGGCUGAUGUUGACAAGGCAGUGGCAGCAGCAAAGGAGGCGUUUGAAAAUGGUGAAUGGGGAAGAAUGAAUGCAAGGGAAAGAGGGCGACUCAUGUACAGACUUGCAGACCUAAUGGAAGAGCAUCAAGAAGAGUUAGCGACAAUAGAGUCUAUCGACUCAGGAGCUGUCUACACUUUAGCUUUGAAGACCCAUGUUGGAAUGUCUGUGCAGACAUUCAGGUACUUCGCUGGAUGGUGUGACAAAAUUCAGGGUGCUACAAUUCCAAUUAACCAGGCCCGGCCAAACCAUAAUCUAACAUUCACCAAGAAAGAGCCAAUAGGUGUCUGUGCAAUUGUUAUCCCCUGGAAUUACCCACUGAUGAUGCUUGCAUGGAAAAGCGCAGCAUGCUUGGCUGCAGGCAACACACUUGUACUCAAGCCAGCUCAGGUCACACCUCUGACUUCCUUGAAGUUUGCAGAACUCUCAGCUAAAGCUGGAUUUCCUAAGGGCGUUAUAAAUAUUCUCCCUGGUUCAGGUGGCUUAGUGGGACAACACCUGUCUGAACAUCCAGAUGUUCGCAAAGUUGGAUUCACCGGUUCAACACCAACUGGUAAACAGAUCAUGAAGAGUGCAGCCACUAAUCUGAAGAAAGUUUCUCUUGAACUUGGUGGUAAAUCACCAUUGAUCAUAUUCAGUGAUUGUGAACUUGACAGAGCCGUAAAAAUGGGUAUGGGAGCAGUAUAUUUCAACAAAGGAGAAAACUGCAUUGCGGCUGGCAGGCUGUUUGUGGAAGAAUCAAUCCAUGAUGAAUUUGUUAGAAAAGUGGUGGAAGAAAUAAAAAAGAUGAAAAUUGGUGACCCACUUGAUAGAUCUACAGAUCAUGGUCCGCAAAAUCACAAGGCACAUUUGGAAAAACUGCUGCAAUAUUGUGAAACUGGAGUAAAAGAAGGAGCCACUCUAGUGUAUGGAGGAAGACAAGUACGUAGACCAGGUUUCUUCAUGGAACCCACUGUAUUCACAGAUGUUGAAGACCAUAUGUAUAUUGCCCAGGAAGAGUCCUUCGGUCCCGUGAUGGUGAUUUCUAAAUUUAAAAAUGGGGAUGUCGAUGGAGUGCUGCGACGGGCAAAUACCACAGAAUAUGGUUUAGCUUCAGGAGUUUUCACAAAAGACAUAAGCAAAGCUCUCUACAUCAGUGAAAAGCUAGAAGCUGGAACAGUUUUUAUUAACACAUAUAACAAAACUGAUGUGGCAGCACCAUUUGGUGGAUUUAAACAGUCUGGCUUCGGGAAAGAUUUAGGUGAAGAAGCUCUUCAUGAAUAUCUUAGAACCAAGGCUAUCACUGUGGAAUAUUAAAGUACAGCCUCACUUGGAAAGUAAACUUUCGGCAGAGCUUGAAUCUUAAUGACUCCAUGAAACACUUAAUGCCAUGCCCAGGAUAUGCUGUCUGCAGUGCUACAACUGAGAAAACCCAAACCAAACCACACCACCUGUUCCAUGGAUAAGUUUCUAUAAAUCAGGUCAAAAUUUUAGUCUCACUGAAAGAUAAAAGCAUUUGGAAAUUGGCCUGAAGUUAUUUAAAUUACACAGCAGCAGUUGUUAGCACAAUACCCCCAAAAAGGCAAGAACAUGGUUUGGCUUAUUUUUUUAAAUACAACUGAAGAAUGAGUUCUCACAUGCCUACUUCUGAUUUGUGUGAACAUAAUAUUCACAUCAUCAUUUUAAACCUUUAGUCACUGGGCUUCUCUUAAAGUUGAACUAAAAUAUACUUCUUAUGCCAUUUUUGUUAUAAACCAGUUCAAGUUUUACAGUAGCAACUGAACAUUCUGCUCUGGUGAUUCUUCAGCAGUACAGAAAACCUUUGUGCCAUAAGAAGUAAAUCAAUGCAAGAAAGUGCACUUACUAUGAUCUUUGUAUAGUAUAUACAGAGCUCAACAUUGGUGUUAAACUAUGCAUAUCAAGCUAAAGUUACUGAAAAUAUUUUCUAUCCUUUUGUUGAUAUGGAACAUGUGAUCUGCCUGCAAUUUGAAAGGUGGUUACGUUAACAGAUUAAAAUCACUUUUUGUGUCUGUGCA